AUGACGUGCGGAUCAGGAUUCGGGGGCCGCGCCUUCAGCUGCGUCUCAGCCUGCGGGCCCCGGCCCGUCCGCUGCUGCAUCACGGCCGCCCCCUACCGCGGCAUCUCCUGCUACCGCGGCCUCACCGGGGGCUUCGGCAGCCGCAGCCUCUGAGGGGACUUCCGCGCCGGCUCCCGCGGCCGCAGCUUCGGGUACCGCUCUGGCGGCGUGUGCGGCCCCAGCCCGCCCUGCAUCACCACCGUGUCGGUCAACGAGAGCCUCCUCGCGCCCCUCAACCCCAACGCGCAGUGUGUGAAGCAUGAGGAGAAGGAGCAGAUCAAGUGUCUCAACAGUAGGUUCGCUGCCUUCAUCGACAAGAUGCGCUUCCUGGAGCAGCAGAACAAGCUGCUGGAGACCAAGCUGCAGUUCUACCAGAACCGCCAGUGCUGCGAGAGCAACCUGGAGCCCCUGUUCCAGCGCUACAUCCAGGCGCUGAGGCGGGAGGCCGAGCGUGUGGAGGCCGACAGCGGGAGGCUGGCCUCGGAGCUCAGCCACGUGCAGGAGGUGCUGAAGGGCUACAAGGAGAAGAAGUAUGAAGAGGAAGUGGCACUAAGGGGCACCGCUGAGAAUGAAUUUGUGGCCCCGAAGAAGGAUGUGGACUGCGGCUACCUGCAAAAGUCAGACCUGGAGGCCAAUGCGGAGGCCCUGACCCAGGAGAUCGACUUCCUGCAGCAGCUGUUUAAAGAGGAGCUCCAAGUCCUCCACACCCACAUCUCAGGCACCUCAGUCAUCGUCAAGAUGGACAACAGCCGGGACCUGAACAUGGACUGCAUUGUCACCGAGUUCAAGGCUCAGUACGAUGACAUGGCCAGCCGCAGCCGGGCUGAAGCCGAGUCCUGGUACCGCAGCAAGUGCGAGGAGAUCAAGGUCACGGUGAUCCAGCAUGGGGAGACCCUGCGCCGCACCAAGGAGGAGAUCAACGAGCUGAACCGCAUGAUCCAGAGGCUGACGGCGGAGGUCGAGAAUGCCAAGUGCCAGAACUCCAAGCUGGAGGCUGCCGUGCCCGAGGCGGAGCAGCAAGGCAAGGCGGCCCUUAAUGAUGCCCGCUGCAAGCUGGCCGGGCUGGAGGAGGCCCUGCAGAAGGCCAAGCGGGACAUGGCCUGCCUGCUCAAGGAGUAGUACCAGGAGGUGAUGAACUCCAAGCUGGGCCUGGACAUCAAGAUCGCCACCUACAGGUGCCUGCUGGAGGGCGAGGAGCAGAGGUUGUUUAAGGGCAUUGGUGCUGUAAACGUCUGUGUCAGCAGCUCCCGGGGCGGGGUCAUCUGCGGGGACCUCUGCGUGUCCGGCUCCCGACCGGUGACGGGCAGUGUCUGCAGCACCCGCUGCGGCGGGAACCUGGGGGUGAGCACGGGCUUGUGCUCGCCCUGCGGCCAAAGCAGUGGCGGCAGCCACCGGGUGCGGUUUGCUUGGCGCCUUCUGCUUCGUAAAUACACUGCUCCGCGAGCCAACCAUCCCUGCCUCCGGCGGCCGGCGGGUCCCUGGGCUUGCGGCGGAAGGGCUUCAGGAACCAGCCGGCCUGACCUGCCCCAAUUGCUGCCUUCUCCUCCUGCAUCUCUCUCCCCGCUUGUCUCUUCACUUUCUCCAGGGACGGCGGGCUCCUCGCCCGCAGCUCUGGCAGCUCCCCUCCAUCCCCAAGAGUCUAAAUGACUGGUUUCCCCCAGCCCUGGGCAAAGAGCCAACCCUGACUCCGGCUGCUCUGGAGGCUUGGACGCCUGUGGCUUCUAACGGACAGAUUGGUCCCAGGGCCCCUCCAGUGUGGACCUGCUGCUGCUUCCCCUGCCUCCUAAACCCUCCCACGGUGACUGAGGUUGCGUCUCCCAGGGGACAACUUUAUGCCCCGCCUGGCUCCCUCUCUCUCCCAGGAAGGGCUGAUUUGCCAGUUGGCUGGUCCACCCCAAACCCAGGGCUAGGGCAGCUAAAUGUGUGGUCUUCUCACCACUGAGGAAUGUUCUCUGACAGCACAGGGCUUUGGCUGGGGGAGGGGGCGAGUGCAAACAGCUCUCCCACGCCCUCAGCAGGAGAGGACUCCAGUGCCCACUUCCUGGCAGAGCCAGAACUUCCAGGGGCUUCUGGGCUUCUUCAGGAGAGGAGCUGGAAUCAGGCCCAGCCCUGGGAGGGGUCAAGGCCUCACUCUGGAGAAGAGUCAAGUUCCAUAGAGCAGCACCCGCAUGUCACCAAUGUGCUGUCCCAGUUAUCAGGGCAGACCCUGUGCUC